UCCACGCGUUCACUCUACCAAUCGUCGAUGCUUAGAGUUGUGUAUUUAUCAGAUCUCAACCGUCCAACCUCACGAUACAAUUAAAUGAAUGAACUUUGAAGGAAGAAGAGAGGAGAGGAGGAUGAAGAUAGUGAGUUACAACGUGAAUGGCCUCAGACAACGAGUUUCUCAGUUCGAAUCCCUCCUGAAACUCCUCGAUUCCUUCGACGCCGAUAUCAUCUGCUUCCAGGAAACGAAGCUGAGGAGACAAGAACUAACAGCGGAUUUAACGAUAGCCCAAGGCUACGAAUCCUUCUUCUCGUGCACUCGCACGUGCGAGAAAGGUCGUACUGGUUACUCUGGUGUAGCAACGUUCUGCAGGGUAAAGUCAGCAACUUCAAGCUGUGAAGCUGCUUUGCCUGUUGCUGCUGAAGAAGGAUUCACUGGUCUUGUAAACGGAGGUGGGAAGAAGAAUGAUACUUCUUGUGUUAUUGCUCAAGGUCUUGAGGAGUAUGACAAAGAAGAGCUUCUUAGGAUUGACCAAGAGGGUCGUUGCGUUAUUACUGAUCACUCCCACUUUGUUGUUUUUAAUGUCUAUGGACCGCGAGCUGUAGCUGAUGAUGCUGAGAGGAUUGAGUUUAAGCAUCGCUUCUAUGAUGUUUUAGAGAGAAGGUGGGAAUGUCUUUUGCGUCAAGGAAGAAGGGUAUUUGUUGUUGGGGAUCUCAACAUUGCUCCUUUUGCUAUGGAUCGAUGUGAAGCUGGCCCUGAUUUCGAGAAAAACGAGUUCAGAAAAUGGUUUAGAUCUCUCCUAGUUGAACGUGGUGGCUCCUUCUCUGACGUUUUCAGAUCUAAACAUCCUGAAAGGAGAGAUGCAUUCACAUGUUGGUCUUCAAGUAGUGGAGCAGAACAGUUUAAUUACGGUUCGAGAAUUGAUCAUAUUUUAGUUGCUGGACCAUGCUUGCAUGAAGAAGGAGAUCAGCAGGGCCAUAGUUUUUUAGCUUGUCAUGUGAAGGAAUGUGACAUAUUAACAGAGUACAAGCGGUUUAAGAAUGAAACUGUGCCAACAAGGUGGAAAGGUGGAUUGGGUGUGAAACUAAAGGGAUCAGACCAUGUACCUGUAUUCACAAGUUUUGAUGAUUUGCCUGACAUCCCCCAACACAGCACACCGCCUUUAGCUUCGAGAUAUCUUCCCAUGAUUUACGGUUUUCAGCAAACUCUUGCGUCAGUGUUAAUGAAAAGACAAGCCAAUGAGCAAGCCAAAGCCAUUGAGGUAUCAUGUUCAUCAUCAAGUCAAAGUUGUGGAGAGAUCUCUACAGUACCACUCAGAAACUGCAGCUUGACGGGUACUUCACCUGAGGAAUCUUGCUCUUCGGAGAAAGAAUCCACUGUGAGAGUAACCACCACAUCUGGAGGCUCCACUAGUAACCUUAGUGAUAGAAUGUGUGUGUCAUCUGUGAGAGCUGAGGAUAUCUCUAGAGAUGGAAACAGGAAGAAAGUGAGGAGGAUCCAAUCUUCUUCUCAACAGCUUUCUCUAAAGUCCUUUUUCACUUCUAAAUCACCUUCAAAUUUUUCCUCAAGCCAGAGCUCCUCCCAAGGAGAGAGCAUCACAGAACCGACUGUUUCCGGCAAAGAAGACGAUGAACUUACUACUACUUCAUCACAGGAACAAGAUCAAAGCGGUUCAUCUACUAAACAGAAAAACGAUGCAGCAUUAAUGGAGUGGCAGAGAAUACAGAACCUUAUGCGAAACAGCAUACCUCUCUGCAAAGGACACAAAGAAGCUUGUGUAGCUCGGGUUGUAAAGAAACCAGGUCCCACAUUUGGACGCAGAUUCUACGUCUGCUCUCGUGCUGAGGGACCUUCCUCUAAUCCAGAAGCAAACUGUGGUUAUUUCAAAUGGGCUUCAUCCAAAUUCCGAGACAAGUGAUGGUUCAUGUGAAUGGUUAGUAAACUAAUAUUAUAGUACUUCAGGAAGAAGGUAUUUAAUCUAGUGAGCUCAGGUACACUGUAGCACCUCAAUGAUGUCGGUGUAUAGUUAAUGUUAUCUGUCUUGUGAGUUGAGUUGACCAAUGUCUAGAUUUGCUCUCGAUUUGGUUUUCUUGUCUCUAUCAAUGUAUCCCUCUUUUAAUGUGA